AUGUUGCUACAAGCUCAAUCUCAAACAUCGCUGCCUCUCGGCUCCAUCAAAGCUUCUCACUCCGCUUCACAAUUCUCCGACGCUCCCGAUGACGAGACUCUGCCGCUAGACGUGGACAUCCAUGCGCGCUCCUCGUAUCCUCGGUCUGUCGCUGACGAUGUGCUCGACGGAGAGGGGAAGGAGGAGGAGGAGGGCGGCGUGUACGAUGAGGACCUGAGGAAGUGGUAUGAGGAACAUGGUAUCGAUCCGAACGAUGCUGAUCAGCAGGAAGAGCUAGAGCACGAGGAGAGCGAAAUCAGCAGCUUUGGGAAAGUCGAGGAUGCAGACUGGGACUUGGCCAGAGGAGGUGAGUCAGCAUGAGCGGGGAGAAAUUCGGACGCAUACAUGCCACCAGAGGCAUUGUCUGGCAGACAAGGCUGGACGUGCGGUGCGGAGGCCGGCGCAUACGUGCUCAUCCGUCCCUCUCUCUCUCUCUCCCCUUUUCACCAGACUUUACCAAAGCGUACAACCGAUCAAGGCAGCUCGCUCGCGUAGGCCAACAGAUGAGCGGAGGUGCGGUCAAUCAAUCAAAGGCGGGCGGAAGCACGCAAGACAAUGCGGUGCGAUCCACCACGGCAGUGCCAUUGCCCGCAAUGAACCGAGCGGGUGGCGCGACUUCAAAGGUCCCUCCUUCCAAAGCGCAUACAGGCAGAUCUGCGGCCGACGUCGCACGUAGCAGUGCCCCUUUAGACGCAGCCUCAAGCGUGGAAAGCUGCGAGCCAUCGCGCAUUGUUACGCUGCAGACCUUGGGGCUAGGCACAUCCGCACCCCAACCAAGCGCUUCGACUCUCUCUUCCCUCUCCUCUCGUCUGCAGAUCUUGCAAGCCUACGAUCCGUCUUCAAGCGCAGGAGGCGCUCUAUCUACCAACGUUCCCCGUAAAGGAGCGCUGGGCGUUGGCGGUACCAGAAAGGUCAGGGACAAGUCGGAUAGAGCGACGAAGCAGCAAGUGCUGGAUCCCAGAACGCUCACCAUCCUCUUCAAGAUGCUAAACAAGGGCACGCUAGAGCGGAUCGACGGGGUGGUCAGCACUGGUAAAGAGGCGAAUGUGUACCAUGCGACGACGCCCGCUCCUGCCAGAGGAGAUGAGGUCCAUGACCAGAAUGAACACGCUAGCGUCACGCACCGUACAUCAAACGGCCGCCCUGUCGGAGGAGGCAAUGUAGCUCUGAAGAUCUUCAAAACCUCCAUCUUGGUCUUCAAAGAUCGCGACCGCUACGUCUCGGGGGAGUUCCGCUUUCGACAUGGUUACGCCCGCCACAAUCCUCGCAAGAUGGUCAAGAUGUGGGCCGAGAAGGAGGCGCGGAAUCUAAAGAGGCUGGUCAGUGCGGGUAUACGUUGUCCUAGACCCAUCGAGCUGAGAGACCAUGUGCUGGUCAUGCAGUUCUUGGGAGGCAAAGACGGCUGGGCGAGCCCGAGAUUGAAGGAUGCGGAGGAAUUGGUGGAUCAGCAGGAAAGUGGGACUUGGGAGAGACUGUACAGGGAAUGCGUGACUGCCAUGAGGGUCAUGUACCAUGCUUGUCAUCUCGUACACGCAGAUCUCAGCGAGUACAAUGUUCUGUAAGUGCUGCCGACACCUUGCUGCAGAGAGCCUUGCCCGCUCACACACCCGUCCUCUCGUCGGCACACGCAAUUGUCAACCAGAUACCACGAUUCGCAUUUGUACAUCAUCGACGUGGGUCAAAGUGUCGAGCACGACCACCCCUCCGCUUUUGAUUUCCUCCGAGCAGACAUUUCGCACGUUGACGAUUACUUCAAGAAGCGCGGUGGGGUCAAGACGUUGGGUCUGCGGCAGACAUUCGAUUGGAUCAUUAGAAAUCCAGCAGGCAGGCGGAGUGGCGGUAGAGCAGGAUUGGAAAAGGAGGGAGACGACUAUGAUAAUUUUGUUCGGGCAGAAGAUGUGCGCAACAGAUUUUCUGAGGUCUGUCAAGAGGACCAAAAGGAUCCAAGGGGCGACAAAAUAAUGGACUUUGAUCGUCAAGGCGAUCAACUGGCUACGACUGCCGUGCCAAUCAGCGGACCUUUUGCUACCAUCGAAGUCUAUGACCGUCUCCCUGGAGAAAGCGAUGAGCAGCUAAUGCGCGAGCUCGAAGGCAUCAUGGACAAAGAGGCCGAGCUCGACGGUCUUGCAGACUCGGCACAAGAGUUGAGCGUCGGCGGUACCAGCACAAGCGCCCAAGCGCACCCAAGACAUGAUGAGAAAGAAUCGGACGAGGCGGUUUUCAGAUCCUCUUAUAUCCCUCGAACGCUAGAUGAAGUCUAUGAUCCAGAGAGGGAUACGGACAUUGUCAAGGCAGGGGGUGGUCAAGAUCUCAUUUACGCCAACGUGACGGGUCUACCAGCUUCGAAAGAUCGGGACUAUAUCCAGCCGAAUUCGCAAGCAAGUUCCAACGAAUCCGAGGACGAAGGAUGCGAGGACGAGUCUUCUUCGGACGACGAAGGACACGCGCAUGCGCCGAGAGGGCACAGGCACGAGGAUAGGGAUGCGAAGAAGGAGAGGAAGAGUGCGGUCAAGGAAGCUCAGAGAGAGAAGAGGAAGAGCAAGAUGCCUAAAAAGGUCAAGGAGGCUCAUUUGAGAAAGAAGAGUGGCAAGCGAAAGUGA